GGCGAGACGGCGCGCGCCUGCAGACGCAACAAGUACAAGAAGAGGAGCGAUGAAAGGAGAAAGCUCUCUUCUCCUGUUCCUCUUCUUCUCUUCCAUUUACGUACUUCAAGUGGUCGCUGAUAGUGAGAAAAAAGCAACAAAAAUACACCUCAUAUCCUGGGAGAGAGUCCACGUUGGUACAGGACGGAUCGACCAUGAACUGAUGUCCAUCGACUUGCCAAGCCAUAACCUGGUGUAUACUCAAUCCUCUCCCCUCCCUAUGAAGCAGGGGGCUCGCCGCAAAAGAGUGAUAUAUGGUACUGAUGAUAGGGUAAGGAUUGAUCCAGCGACACAGGGCUCAACCUCACCAUACAAUGCUGUAGUCCGCGUAUCCACUGGAUGCUCCGGCAUACUGAUAUCACCUAAACACGUCCUUGCUGCCUCUCACUGCGUCCACAAUGGGAACAAUUACCUCCUCUCGGCCCGCCUCUUCCUCAGAGUUGGGUACCUCGAGAGCGACGGACGUACCAAAUGGAGUUUUGUGAGUAAAUUUUACGUCCCCGGGCAAUGGAGAAACCACACAAGGGCUGGCCGACAUAAGUAUCAGAACUGGGCCGAUUUCGAUUUCUCUGUUCUUGAGCUCUCGGAGGAACUUGGUCAUACAAGAGGUUACGUCAAACCUGGUCUUAGUGGCCUCUUCUGCAAUAAAAGACAUCCUACCAGUUUGCACGGGACUGGCUCGGAGAUCAAAUUUGUCAGUUUUCCAGACGAUAAACCAAAAACGGCAAUGUGGCUAGUGACAACUAAAAUUGAAACCGAAACAUCGCAUCUGCUUUAUUUCAAAGGCGACGCUUGGCACGGCUCUUCUGGAGCUGCCCUUUAUACAUGGGAAGGCUCUGAGAGAAUAGUAAUUGGAGCUCUUUCUGGUAAUCGCCAAACUGAGCCAGAAGCUCGGAUACAAGGUACUUUUAAUGUUGCAGCAAGAUUGGACGCGCUGGAUUUUUUGAUGAUUUGUAAGUGGAUAGGGACAGAGAGGGAAUGCAGGGAAAGGUAUCCUAACUAUUUGAGAAAGGAUAGACUAGAAUCUGUUCUGUGUCACCAAAGAAAUCUCCAAAUGUAAUCAUUAAUGAAUAAAACAAGAAAAAACUUGACUGUAUGAGAAUUAAUUAUUUUUGCAAAUAAAUUAUUAUUAAGACAUAAAGUUAUAUUACAUAAUUACAUUGAUUAUUACUUAUAAACAAUGUCAAGA